UCCGCGGAAGAGCGAGGCGCGUCCAGCCGGGCAGAGAUGGCGAAGAAGGGCCCGUCCAUCAAAGGUUUCAGGAAGCUCUUCUCCAGGAGCGAAGCCAACAUCAGCGAGUCGCUGGAGAAGGAGAAACACGAGGGAGAAAAGAAGAAGUUUAAGUUCCCGACGCUGAAGACCAAGUCCAAAAGCGGCUCGGAGAAGUCUCUGAACGGGAGCCAGCAGGUGCUCAGUGACGUCGACUCCUGUAACCCACCAGAGGAUGGAGAAGUCUGGGCCGACGCCGUCGUCCCUAAAAACAAGAGGUCGUCUCUCUACGGCACGGCGCCCAGAGUGAAGGACAAAGACAUCAGCUACUCGGAGUUGGACCUACGGAAGCCCAAAAGGUUCGCCACGUUUUCCUUUGGUUUCAAAAAGAAAAAGAAGAGAGAUGAAGACGACAUGUCAAAGAGCUCCUUUGGCCUCCAUAGCCAAGGCAUCGAAGAGCAGCAAGAGGACCUCAGUCAGAUGAAGCUGGACCAGACGAACACCAAGCGGUUCAGCAUGUCCGAGCCGGAGCUGGACACCAGCGGCGCCUUCGAUAUCCCGUCUCCUCCUCCUGUGGCCAAUAAUCAGUCAGAAUCGUACUUCACCCUCACCAGUCAGUCCCAGACAGAAUCCAACCAGGUUCUCACAAACGGCUUCGACGUCCACCAAGAGCCUCGCAAAGCUCCCAUUGCCUCCAUCCCCGAGGCGCAGCUGGACAAUCCAGAUCCCCAAGCUGAGAAGAAAAAUGUUCCAAAUGACUUCAAAUCGACUGUAACGAAGCCAGAAAUCCCCCCUGAGGUUAAGACCCAGCCGGAUCCAGCAGCGUCCGCCAGCUCCACCUCAGCACGCAGCAAUCUGCCGGAGAGAGAUGAAUCCAGCGCUCGACCCGAUGCCCGUGAGACGGCGGACCAGUCCUCCCUGCCUUACCUGGACUCCAAAAACAAUCCCGCUGUCACAGAUCCCGCUGUCACAGAUCCGGCUCCCCGGACUCACGAAGACAAGUCUCAUCUCGGUGCGGACGCCGCGGACGCCACUGCCACCGGUCCUGAAGUCUCUCUUCCUGACAGCAAGAGCGCUAUUCCAGAAACUGCCACCGCCUCAGCUGUUCCCCUCAGCCCAGAGAUCGUCUACGGAGCUUUAUACGACUCACUUUUCCCUCAGAACUUCACCGCUGAGGUUCUGUCCUCGUUGUCAAAGUCCUCAUCUAAAGUCGAAACCGAAACUCGACUUACAGAAACUGAAACGGUCACGGUCAGAAGUCUUGAGUCUCACACAGAAGCCGAUGCCACACGUCGGUCUCAGUCCGACGCUAAUGAUGUGGUCGAUGAGGCAAACUCAUCUCGAGUCUAUGCUGAAACGAGACACUCUCCAACCAAAAGGGAAAUCGUCAUGAUCAAAACCUUGAAUGAGCGUCACACAGAAUCAGUCCUGCUCUCAGAUUCCAAUCACAGAAUCAAGGGUGAAAAACCAGGCGAAGUCCUGACGGAAUACAUAAACGCUGAAAUCAAAAAGCCCGUCACGGUCAGCACUCUCAAUGAAAUCCACUCAGAAUCUGGUGUCUUUCACUCGGCUAAGAGCUCUUCACAUGAGGCUGAAAACAUCACUGCAGUCGAUGAUACCGUCGAGAGUUUCGUCACUCUCAGAGAGAAAUCAGCAGAAGUGAGCGUGCCUCAAAAGAUGAGCCCUCCUGAAAUCAAAAAAGCCAUCAUGGUCAAAACUCUCUACGAACUUAACACAGAGGCUGAUCCCGGGAGCUCCUGGUCGUCAGCUUCACGUGAUUCAGAUUCUACAGUUCCCACAACGAACAAUUCUACCGACAAGAUUUCCUCCUUAGACGAAAAAACAAAUGAAGAAACGGAUCGCGAAACCAAGAAACAGGCCAUCAUGAUCAAAACCUGCAAUGAAAUUCACUCAGAGUCCUGUGUUAUUCUCUCUCCUAAGGGAACUCCAGGGGAGUUGGAUUGGACCGUUGGCGAGAUCGAGGAAACCGUGGGAGGUUUAGACUUGGCCCGAAUCGGCCCCGAGGCUGGACGUCUUGAAAAUGAGAAGCCAGUCGCUGACGACACUCCAGAAAUUCACGUGGAAGGAAGAUCUGCACAGAAGUCAGACUCCAUUGUUCGUUUAGUGAAAGAGCAUCUUGGUGAUUUUCAUUCAAUUAAAGACAAAUCAGCAGAGACCGUCUCACGUCAGAUCCUGACCGAUGGGGAAGUCCCAGAACCUGAAGGGGUCACGGCCCAAAUCCCAGGACCUGAGCCCAAACCGGUCAUGGUCAAAACUUCUCGUACUUGGAUUUCAGAUCAGUCUGACUCUGCUGAAAUAGACAAUUCUGCCGACAGUUUAACUUCCGUCGGUGGAAAUUUGGCAAACUCUUCCCAAAUUCUCACCGACGUCGGAUAUACGGAAAUAAACAAAGAACUUUGUGAUGAAAAUCAGACAGAAGGCAAAGAUCUCCACUUUCAGGUGUCGUCUUCACUUCAGUCUGAGGAAAACAAGGUGAGGGAUCCUGUUGAGUUUCAUUCGGCCAAUCAGAAUCCAGUGGAGACACUUUACAUAAUUACAGAAACUAAAAAACCUGACAUGGUCGAAGCUUUGAAUGAAAUUAACACAAGAGGAUCUUCUGUACAAGCUGAGCCAGGCUCCAUUCACGGAACACAUGAUACGAUCAGAAGUUUCGUCUCUAUGACUGAUAAAACAGCAGCUUCCUCUGAAUUUGAUGGAAAUGUAGAAAGUCUGGAUCUGCCCGACUCGGGUUCUCAGCAGGUUGACAGACGCUGCAUUCCUCAAUCAGAGUCCAGCCAUUCCUAUUCAGAGAUGAAACCGGACCUCGCUCCUGACAGCUCGGGGUCGGUCCCUGUGCCUACAAAUGCCGCCCCUCCCAUGUCUGAUUGCGCAACAUCCCAAGGGACUGAUGCUCGGGUUACUGACUCGGAACGGAGGGACAUCCUGCCGGAACAGUUAGUCGGAGACGGAGCGAGCGCCGAUGCCAGGAGUCCGUCUCCAGUGAAGGGCGUCGUGCUAAAAAUUCGAACGGAGAGUUUGUCCGACCGGCCCGGACGGAUGGAGGGGGCUGAGGGGGCCGCGAGCCCGUCGUACCUGAGCAUAGGGUCAGAGGACGGCGCCACCAUGGAGGUGUACUACAGCGCCGAGGAGGGGGAUGAGAGCGGGGAUGAGCUGUUCACCAUGGACACGAGAGAGGAAAGUUUUUCUACUGGUGGCGGAGAUGAGGGGCAAACAGAAGGUGUGAUUGUUGAAAUGAGACCUGAGGGAGACGAGAGGACGAGCCAGGAGGAAGCACGCCAACCGGAAGGCGAGAAGACGGCAGCUCCAACCAAAGAGACCGGAAUGAACCAGCUCCUCGGAGGCAGCGAUGCGAAGAGUCUGGAGAAAAAAGACGCAACAGCAGCACAAAUAAAAGAAGAGGGGGAGGAGGAGGUGAGAGAGGAGGAGUUACCGGCCACACCGGUUCAGCAGGUGAGCUCUCUGAUGGUAUGUGACUUUGCUCCACCCGGCGAGGGGGAGGAAGCAAAGUGCAGCGCGAUCCUGGAAAAGGAAGACCACGAAGAGGAGCAACUCCCAAGCCCCGAGGGGCAAUGUCUGGCUGACAGAGAUAACAGGAGCAGUGAAAAUAUACAUGCAAGCUCCAGUGGCAAGCAAAGUGACCGAGACACGAUCCCACCUGAGGCCGAAGAGCCCGUUUCACUGAGCGGACAGGCAGACGAGAGUGACGAAGCGAGAGGAGGAAGCUCAGAAAGUAGCGGCGUCGCCAUGAAAACGGUGCCAGCAGAGAGCUGCGGCGCAGCAGAGGUGACACACGGCGCCGAGCUGCAAUCAGACGCCGCUCAGGUGGAGCACAAUAGGGCUCCAGAGUGGGCGGAUCCAAUCGCCCAGAGCCCUGACACACACGUUAAAGUGGCAGUCCGGCUGUCAGAACCCAAUGCAGACGCACGCCGUCCUGAUACCGAGGCUGCAGAGGCUGUCCGGGAGAACCAGGAGCGUCCGGGGGAAAGCCAGCCGCACCUGAAUGAGGGGUCCCUGACGGCUUCAAGCACUGCAGAAAGUGAGAAGGACUCCAAAAUGAGUUCAGGCUACAGCAGCCUGAGCACCAAGCUGAGCUUCAGGACCUCCGCUCUCCCGAAAGAGGACGAGUCCAAACUCCGCGUCCAUAAACUGUCUCUGAUCAAAGAGGACGGCGGCGGUAACGUCGGCCAGAGUACGGCGGACUCCAGCGAGACGAGCGGCGCCGUGACCGAGUCCGGCGAGGCCGGCUUCAGCUCAGAGUACAAAUGGAAGAACAGAUUUGAGGGAGUCAGUCAGUAUGUACCCAGGAUGACGGAAAAUUCGAGUUUUUCUGACUCCCUGAGUUCCAGAAUAUCUGAGAGCUCUUCUAUUCAUUACCCCUACUCCUCCUACUCCUCCUCCUCCUCCUCCUCCACUCUCCCCGAGGCUCCAGCCUACAAACACCUGAGCGAAGUCUCCGCCCCCUCUCCGGAGGAACACUCUACCCUCGGCGGCCAUCUGCCUGACAGGACUGCAGUGUUUCUGGAGCGUGACAGCGAGCCGGCGGGGCGGCCGAGCGGCUCGUGGAGGCGGAGCUACCUGCUGCGGGAGCUGGAGGAGGAGCAUCCCGCUGCACCUGCAGCGAGCCGGCCGGAGGCAGCGGCAGAGCAGACGGAGUCGGGCUGGGACUCGCAGCAGCUCCCUGCCCUCGGCGUCUCCUCCUCUCCUCCGGCCAGCGGCUACCGGGACGACCACGAGGACGAGGCCUUCACCGGCGUCUUCAAGGCCACGCUGGUCCAGCUGGUCCCGGAUCCCGCGGCCCCCCCCUCCACGCCCCCCGCCUCCCCCGAGGACGACUUCUCCAGCCCCUCGCACAUGGAGAGCCUGGUGGACACCCUGAAGAGCAUGGGGCCCUCCAUGAGGCCCCGAGGCAUGGCCUUACGCCCCCCCGCCCCCACUCUCAUGUCCUCGCUGCCGCCCAUCGUGGAGGACGCCACCAGCCCCGUCGUCGGCGACGCUACCGACUCCGCCGGCUCUCCGGUAAAACCCGCGGGUCCCACAAGCCCCCAGACAGAGGUCCCCAAUGGACAGUACGUGCUGCCUGCUGACCUGGGACUGAGGAAGAACAUCAGGGACCUGCGCUCUCCGCUGGAGCUGAUGAAGCAAAGCCAGGAGCAGCAGCAGCAGCCAGGAACCAGAAAUCUGAGCCUGCAGCUCAGAGCGUCUACGAGUAACAGUAUUGUGAUGAAGUCCUCCGACUCGUCUCCCGACGAGGCGCAGUCUCCGGUGCAGAAUGGAAACGGCGUCCCUCCAUCGCCCAGUUCCCGCCUGGACAACAGCGUCCUCUUUGGCAGCUACAGGUCGUCGUCUAUAGACCAGACGCUGGAGAAUGGAAAGUCCCACCGGCCGCUGUUCCGCACCGGCUCCCUGCCCGACACGCGGCCCGCGAGCAGCCGAAUCAGCGCAGGACCGAAGGAGCUCGGCGAACCCAGAGCCAACGCAGACCCAGUGGGUUCCAGGUCCGAACGCCUGUCCUUCCUCCUGAAUGCCUCCGUCGCCUCCGUUUCCUCCACGGGCUCCUUGCCCGGAUCGGACGACCUCAACAGCCGCAUCAGCCGACCGCCGUCGCUGGGCGCCGUCUCUCCACCCGCCGCCGCCAACAGCCCCGCCCGCGUGCUCACGUCCUCCGCUUCCUUAGACCUCCCGAAGUCGCUGACCAGCGCAGAUGCUCCGCUCUCCAUCUUCGGCCAGAUGCCCGGGAUCGGGGCCGGCGCCGGGACUGCGGCCCCGCCCCUCCUGCAGAGGAGCUUCAGCAGCGAGGCCCUGUCCGGGUCCCAGUCGCCGUUGUUCAGCAACGUGUCGAAUCCGUUCCAGAGCCCGGGGAGUCAGUUCCAGAGCCCGGGGAGUCAGUUCCAGAGCCCGGGGAGUCAGUUCCAGAGCCCGGGGCCUCAGUUCCAGAGCCCGGGGAGUCAGUUCCAGAACCAAGAACCCGACAGGAAUUUAUUAUCCAAGUACAGAGCCUUCCCCGAUGCCUAUCUCACGAAAGAGAAGGAACAUGGAAAACUCAACCCUCGUCCUGGAAAGAUGUACGUUUUUGACCGACCUGGGAUGUGCGGCCAGCGGCUGGAGAUCCGCAGUGACAUUGUUGAUGCUACAUCCUGGGAGCUGCAGGAAACCAUCUCCAUCCGGGUGGUCCGAGGAGGGUGGGUGCUGUAUGAGAAACCCGAGUUCAAAGGGGAGAAGAUCGCCCUGGACGAGGGCGACAUCGAGCUGACCUACCCCUUCGGCCCGCCGGAGGAGCCACUGCAGGACGGGCAGCAGGAGGCCGGGCCGCAGCAGCAGAACGGAGAGCAGGGCGAGCAGCAGGGCGAGCAGCAGGGCGAGGCCCGCCCGGCCCGCAGGUUCAUCAUCGGGUCCAUUCGGAGGGCGGUCAGGGACUACAGCGUUCCUGACAUCAGUCUUUUCCCGGAGGAGAACGCGGAGGGGAAGAAGGUCGUCUUCCGAGACACGUCGGACGACGCCAGGAUCUUCGGUUUCCCCAUCAAGGCCAACUCCAUCAUCAUCAACGCCGGGCUGUGGCUGGUGUACGCUCAGCCCUUCUUCCAGGGCGUGCCUCGCGUCCUGGAGGUGGGUGGGUACUCCAACCCGGCGGCCUGGGGGGUGGAGCAGCCCUACGUGGGCUCACUGCACCCGCUGAAAGUGGGUGAACCAAGAGUGGAAAACUUGAGUGAACCAAAGAUCGUGAUCUACGACAAGCCGUACUUCACGGGGAAGUCCAGGACCAUCAUGACCACCAUGAGGGACUUCAUGACGCGGGUGGAGCGGCAGCAGACCGCCUUCAUGUACAGCGUCGGCUCCCUCAAAGUCCUGGGAGGAAUCUGGGUGGGCUACGAGAAGGAGGGCUUCCGGGGACACCAGUACCUCCUGGAGGAGGGCGAGUACCACGACUGGAGGGUGUGGGGCGGCUGCAACGCCGAGCUGCGCUCCGUCAGGGUCAUUCGAGCGGACCUGACGGACCCCCUGAUGGUGAUGUUCGAGCAGCCGGAGGAGGACCAGGAGGGCGUGCAGGAGGAGAACACCUUCGAGGUGACGGAGGCCAUCCCGGACGUCGAGCUCUUCGAGUACAAGACCUCCACCCGCUCCAUCCACGUGCUCAGCGGGGCGUGGAUCGCCUACUCCCACGUGGACUUCUCCGGGAACCAGUACGUCCUGGAGAAGGGCUUCUACAACAACUGUGCCGACUGGGGCUCUGCGGACACCCGGAUCUGCUCCGUCCAGCCCAUCCUGCUGGCGCCGGGCGACAGUGUGAAGAGCAAAGACGAGAUCCUCUUGUACUCGGAGCCGGACUUCCAGGGCGAAUGUCACGUCUUUAACCUGAACCAGGAAACGCUGCCGGAUAAACUGCUGACCAAAUCCUGCCGAGUGGCGCGUGGAAGCUGGGUGCUCUACGAGAACUAUAAGUUCGCCGGCGCCAUGUUCGUUUUAUCCGAGGGAGAUUAUCCCAAUCUGACCAGCAUGGGCUGCCCUCCCGGCUGCUUCAUCCGCUCCGCCAAGGUCGUCCCGAUGCUGUUCUCCGUUCCCUCCAUCUCCCUGUUUGGCCUCGAGGGUCUGGAGGGCCGAGAGAUCACGAUGGAGAAUGAAGUCCUCAGCAUGCUGGAGGAAGGCUUCAACAACCACAUCCUGUCUGUCAGGGUCAACAGCGGCUGCUGGGUGAUAUGCGAGUACUCUAACUACAGGGGGCGCCAGUUCCUGCUUGAACCAAUUGAGAUCACGAACUGGCCGAAGUUCAGCGCUCUGAGCGCGGUCGGCUCCAUGUACCCCGUCAGACCGAAGCGCCGCUUUUUCCGAGUGAAGAACAGAGAGACGGGGAACUACCUGUCCGUCCAGGGCGGCGUGGAGGAGAUGAAGUCUGGCCGAGUGGUGGCGGCGCCGCAGGUGGAGCCCAUGACCGACAUCUGGUACUACCAGGAGGGGCUGCUGAAGAACAAGAUGGCGCCCGACAUGGCGCUGCAGGUGAUGGGGAACGUGGAGGCGGGGGCCAAGGUGGUUCUGUGGACGGAGACCAGGCAGCCGAUCCAGACCUGGACGGCCCAGACGGUGGGGCUCAUCUCCAGCAUCACCUUCCCCGGCUUCAUCCUGGACGUGAAAGGUGGGAAAACUUACGACAAAGACCACGUGGUGAUCAUGCCGGAGGGCGACGAGAGGCCGAGCCAGCAGUGGAAGAUCGAGCUGCUCUGAUCUCCAUCGGACUGACCACUCCAGAACACUAGACCGUUUGUGCCACUGCCUCCUCGCGAAGCGAGAUACGAUUUCCUCUGAACGUCUGGUUACAUGCACUGUGUGAGCGCAGCAGCAGCAGCAGAGGAGAAGCCACUGAAGCAAUACAAGCCCUGACGAGCUGCACCACUGCUUUCCAAACCCCCACUUUUUUUUGUAUUUUGUUAGGUUUUUUUUUUUCAGCCCAUAUCAUGCAAUUUUAUUUCAGUCUCAGUUCAGGAUAGACGCUUGUGUCCAGUUGACCUGUUAUCCAGCAGUUAAAGUAUUCAAGCCUGACUCUUUGUGCAACCUGAGCCCACGCUGCUUCUCUGCCUGCACCCGUAGUUCGUCCUCGCAGCUUUAAAUCUCCUGCUGACACUGGAGGAAUGAAGCCAAUAACACAUGUUGUAUGUAAGAAACGUUGAUGCUCUUUAGUACUUUAUUGCUUGUUUCACUACAUUUUUGGGACGUGUGUGUGAAUACAACAUAUAAACCACUGGGUCGUUUUGUAUCAGACGUGUUUUAUGAAAGUCUUAUGUUACAUAAAUGUGUGUGUAUGUGUGUGUUACCCACAGUAUGUUCAUAUUUGCUACAAAAGAUCUCAACUGUAAUGUAAAUGGGAGAGGUUUUAAAAUAUUAAAUAAAGAUACAUAUAAAUGUGUUUGAUUUGCAUGUUUUAUCUUGAGGUAUAUACAGUAUAUUUUCAUAU